AUGAUAACGAGGCUGCGACGAGACCACCAUAUGGUCGUGAAGGGAUGCAAAGACCAAGGACUCCAUGGAAUAGUAGGUCAUGUCAUGAGAUCAAUCCUCGUUUCCACUAGGUUAUAUGUAAAUAUCCUAAGUUCUGAGAAGUCAUAUGCUCCCAUGGGAUCAUGCCUCAUAACCGUGUUGUCGCGAGGAGGCGAGACCACCACGCGGCCACGACAAGGCAACCACGUGGUAGCGAGGAGACAAUCACACAGUCGUGAAGAGAUGACCACGUGGUCGAGGAGGCGGCCAUGUGAUCUUGAUGACGCGAGACGUCCAGAUGUCCUUGAUGAUCUUGAUGAGGCAAGCAGCCAUAAUAAUAUAGUUGGAGCUCACACUGAACCUACUUAG